AUGGCAUCAAACAAAGAAGAUGAUAAGAAAGAAAUACCAGAAAUAAUUCGUGAUCCCCAGUCAGGCAGCACAUAUCAGAGGUUGAGGUUUUUUGGAAAGGGUGGUUUUGCAAAAUGCUACGAAGUGCAAGAUAUUGCCACAAAUCAAGUAUGGGCUGGGAAAGUUGUAUCCAAAAAGCUUCUAAUAAAGAAAUCACAGAAAGAGAAGACUUUUCAGGAGAUCUCCAUUCAUAGAUCAUUACGACACAAACAUGUAGUAGGAUUCCACAGCUUCUUUGAGGACUCCCAGAAUAUUUAUAUUUUGUUGGAACUUUGUAAAAAACGAUCUAUGAUGGAAUUGCACAAGCGUAGAAAAGCAUUAACUGAGCCAGAGACAAGAUUCUACAUGCAUCAGAUUCUACUUGGUGUACAAUACCUACAUCACCGGUGUAUUAUUCAUAGAGAUCUCAAGCUCGGAAACCUCUUCUUAGAUGAUGAUUUGCAUGUGAAAAUUGGAGAUUUUGGCUUAGCUGCUAAAAUAGAAUAUGAAGGAGAGAGAAAGCAGACUGUGUGUGGCACACCUAAUUAUAUUGCACCUGAAAUAUUGACAAAAAAAGGACAUUCCUUUGAAGUAGACAUUUGGAGUAUAGGGUGUAUUAUGUAUACUCUACUUGUUGGGAAGCCACCUUUUGAGACAUCCUCACUCCAAGAUACAUACAAGAGGAUCAAGAAGUGUGAAUAUAAGAUCCCAUCAGCUCUUCGCAAGCCAGCUGCGUCCAUGAUCAUGAUGCAAUUACAAGGCAAUCCAUCAUUACGGCCUUCAGUGGACAAACUAUUGCAGCAUGAAUUCUUCUCUUCUGGUAUAAUGCCUGCAGCUUUGCCAGUGUCCUGCCUUACUACAGCACCUAGACUGGAUCAACUGGUGGAAGGGGAACCAACGCACAGGCGGCCAUUGAACGAAGUCAAUGGUAACGAACAUCUGAUGGCGGUAGACUCGCCUGUUAAGCCAGCCGCGUCGGCGGAGCCGCGCGCUGUGGAACCGACUGCGCAUAGACAGCAUCUCGUGGAACUGAGAGAUCAACUGGCCGGAAUACUUACAAGCAAGCUCAAAUGCCGUCCAGAAUGUCUGACUGAUGAAUUGAGUGACCCGGUUGCCCAACCGCUCGUGUGGGUAGGAAAAUGGGUAGACUACAGUGACAAGUACGGCUUCGGGUACCAGCUGUGCGACGAGAGUGUCGGUGUUAUGUUCAACGAUACUACCAAGUUGAUUAUGCUUGCUAAUGGAGUUAACGUGCAUUACAUCGAUCGACAAGGAAAGGAACUGUAUAUGACGAUGCAGAAAUAUCCAUCAGAAUUGGAGAAGAAGAUGAAAUUGCUCAGCUACUUCAGACGAUACAUGACUGAGCAUCUGAUGAAAGCAGGAGCUUCAGUGCCAGUUCGAGAAACUGACGGGCUCUCGAGAUUGCCACAUCUUCACCAGUGGUUUAGAACUACCAUGGCUGUUAUUAUGUACCUGACUAAUGGAACGUUACAGAUAAACUUCCAAGACCAUACAAAGAUAAUAUUGUGUCCAUUGAUGCACGCCGUUACGUACAUAGAUGUAGACAAGAACUUCAGAACAUUCCGAUUUACAACGGUAGAGGAACACGGCUGCGACAAGAAGCUUUACACAAAUCUCAAAUAUGCGUUAGAAAAGAUCAACAGUAUUUUAGCAAACAAAUUGUGUUAG